GCGCCGGGGACGAACUAGGGGCGUGAAUCUUCCUUUCGACAACUCACCCUUGCCCUCCCAUCCAUUUCAUGAAGACAAUUCAGUCCUUACUAUGUCUGGCUUCUCUCUGUAUCUCAGCAUGGGCCCAUGAACUACACUUCGACCAGGAGGCCGCGAUAUCAUCACUCUCACAACCUACACGAGCAGCACCAUCCAGAGUUUUACGAGCUCGAUCCACCAUCGUGCAUAGACCCAGCUCGCGAGAGGUCAUCCGGAAAGCACGCCUGCGCUCACUUCAGCAUGAACAGAGCGAGCCCGUGCAAUGGACGCCUGUAGAGGUCCUCGGGCCAGACAUCGAGGAUAGACAUACCCUCGUGCAGCUUUCGCGCAUGUCAGGGAACGCGUACGCGCUGCCUGACCAGAAGAACUGGUACGACCUAGAUGCUGCGUGGAACACCAGCUUCCCCAUAGGAUGGGAUGGAUCGGACGGCUUUAGAGGCCACGUCUUUAUCUCAUCUGAUAAUUCUACAAUCGUGCUCUCCAUCAAGGGCACGACGCUACAAGGGCCGACAUCGAAGAAGGACAAGUACAACGACAACCUACUUUUCUCGUGCUGCUGUGCACGCGUAGACUUCUCCUGGGUCUUCCGCCAAGUGUGCGAUUGCUAUGCGCGCAACUGGCGAUGCGACAACACAUGUCUAAGAAACGCCCUCAUUGAGGACAGUCUCUUUUAUUCGACGGGGGUGGGACUCAUCGACGACCUCGUCUCCUUGUACCCGUCUGCCAAUAUUUGGCUGACGGGUCACUCGCUCGGUGGCGCGCUUGCCAGCCUUUUGGGUGCUACGUACGGCUUUCCCGCCGUCGCAUUCGAAUCGCCAGGCGAGCGACUAGCGGCAGAGCGCCUGCAUCUUCCUCUUCCACCGUCCCUUACUCCAUCGGGCCUACCAGAUGUGCCCGUCACCCACGUCUUCCACAACAGCGACCCCAUCCCGAUGGGCGUCUGCAACGGCAUCGGCUCCCCCUGUGCGCAAGCGGGCUACGCGCUCGAGACGGGUUGCCACCUGGGCCGCAGCAUCGUCUACGAUACGGUGAACAAGCUCGGAUGGAAGGUCGACGUCCGACGACAUCCUAUCAAGGAGGUGAUCACCAAGGUUAUUGAGGCCGCGGACGUCGAGUGGGAGGACGGACGCGACGUCCCCGCGGCCGUGGAGGAAGCAGAUUGCAUGGACUGCUACAAAUGGGAGUUCGGGGACUUCAAGCUAGCGCCGUAGCAUGAAGAGGCGGCCGCCACCUUAACACAACAAUCGACAAUGACUAGCAAUGUACGAAUACGCCUGUAUUAUACUGUUAAUGUGCUGUAUGUAUUAUAUAUCUAUCCUUUCCUCGGAUGUACCUAUAUAAGAUCUAGCUCCAUUCGUCUAUCGACACAUUACGCCCUAUAAGACGUUCCUCCGAUGAGCCUGCCCUGCACGUACACCGCCGAGAUGUUCCUAUCGUCCCCACAGAACAGGAAGCGCUCCAAGAGGCCCAUAAGGUUAUCCCCGACAUGGAUAUCCGGGUCGACGCCCCAGAG